CCAUCUUCACUCCUCUUCUUCUGUGAACCUUCUCUCUUCUCUCUUCUCUCUUCUCUCGGGAGACACUUUCUCUCUCUAGGCACUCACAUUCAUUCUUUGCUUCACCCUUUUAAAUCACGAGAUCCCCAUCUCUCUCUCUCUCUCUCUUUCCCUUCGAUGCCUUUGUUCAGAGUAUCUAAUCCUCCAUUCGUCUUCUUCUCCAUCUCCACUCUUCGCCGUCUCCACUGACGGCCAUUGCUCUUAAUUUAUCGCCGGAGUGAAAACCCUAAGUGCUAAUCCCGAGGACUUCCAUUAGGGGUUUGCUUCGAUUUCAUUGAUUUCGUUUUGUUCUGUUCGCCGGAAAAUAAAGAAAAUGUCGCAGUCAGGUAAACCGAAUCCUGAAUCUGACAGUCUCGCCGAUCAUCUCCGUGAUUCAUUGAGCACCGAAGUCAAUAAACCCGAUUUCCGUGAGCUGGAUCUUGGGUCGCCGGUUUCUCCGCUUCGUUCUCAGCCACGUGGACUCACCACCACCACAACAACCACGAGCAGCAGCAGCUCAAGCUCUUCCGGAUCUGUGACGGGUCGGGUUAGACAUGCUCCGGUUAUCGGAAGAUCCGAUUCGGUUCGUGGAAGUCAAUCUGGGUCCAGCAGUGGGAAUCUAAGAACGAGUCAAGCUAGAUCGGACUCGGUUACUUCAAAUUCACAACCACUCAUUUCCUCCUCUAGUCAAAGCUCUGCUACUUCUCCAGCCACGACGCCGGCGAAUGUACUUCCUACCGGGAACAUUUGUCCCUCCGGCAAGAUCCAAAUCACAGGAAUGACCCAAAGCCGCUCCAGAAGCGACGUUCUCGGAUCUGGAACGGGAACGUACGGACACGGAAGCAUAAUGCGAGGUGGAGGAAGCAGUAUAUCUCCGGCGAAACCCACCUCCACCGGAGGAGGAGGAGGAUCUCCGAGACAAAUAUCGAAUUCGCCGGUAACUGUCGGUGGGUCCAGUAGAAGCAGCCCCGUCGCAGCAGAAACCUUGUGGAAGAAAGCGAUUUUAGGUUCGGAUGCAGAGGAAGUGAAGAGAGUAGGAAACGAAAUGUACAGGAAAGGUUUGUUCAGUGAGGCGUUGAGGUUGUACGACAGGGCAAUAGCUUUAUCACCGACAAACGCGGCUUACCGGAGCAAUCGAGCCGCCGCAUUGACGGGGUUGGGUCGAAUCGGUGAAGCCGUGAAGGAGUGUGAAGAAGCUGUGAGAUCGGAUCCAAACUAUGCAAGAGCUCAUCACCGUUUGGCCUCAUUGCUUAUUAGAUUAGGUCAGGUUAAUAGUGCAAGGAAGCAUCUUUGUUUUCUUGGGAAAGCAUCUUUAGAUCCUGUGGAGUUGCAGAAGCUUGAAGCAGUGGAGAAACAUAUGAGCAAAUGCGCAGAUGCGCGAAGGCUCGGUGAUUGGAAAACUGUUUUAAUGGAAGCUGAUGCAGCCAUUGUUUCUGGAGCAGAUUUCUCUCCUCAGCUAGUUAUGUGUAAAGUAGAAGCAUUCUUGAAACUUCACCGGCUUGAUGAUGCCCAAUCAAAGCUAUUAGAAGUUCCCAAAGUAGAGCCGUUCCCUGUAUCUUGUUCGCAGACUCGGUUUUCUGGUGUGGCCUGUGAAGCCUAUUCAUAUUUUGUCAGAGCUCAAGUCGACAUGGCUUUAGGAAGGUUUGAAAAUGCAGUUGUGGCUGCUGAGAAAGCUAGCAAAAUCGAUCCACGAAGCAACGAAGUUGCUAUGUUACACAAUACUGUUACGUUGGUUGCUAGGGCUCGUGUUCGUGGUAACGAUCUCUAUAAAUCAGAGAGAUACACGGAGGCAAGCUCAGCUUAUGCAGAAGGCCUUAGGCUCGAUCCUUGCAACGCUAUUCUAUACUGUAACCGGGCAGCUUGUUGGUUUAAACUUGGGAUGUGGGAACGGUCUAUUGAAGAUUGUAACCAGGCGCUGCGUUUCCAACCAAAUUACACAAAGCCACUUCUUCGGAGAGCCGCCUCAAAUAACAAGAUGGAGAGAUGGGCAGCUGCAGUGAGUGAUUAUGAAGCCUUGAGAAGGGAACUACCUCAUGACAAGGAAGUUGCUGAAUCUUUGUUUCAUGCUCAAGUUGCAUUGAAGAAAUCUCGUGGAGAAGAAGUUUCGAAUAUGGAAUUUGGUGGUGAAGUUGAGGAAGUUUACAGUCGUGAGCAGUUUAAAGCUGCCAUGAAUCUACCAGGAGUUUCGGUUAUACAUUUCUCGACAGCUUCUGAUCAUCAAUGCAAGCAGAUAUCUCCGUUUGUGGACUCGCUAUGUACUCGUUACCCAUCUAUACACUUCCUCAAGGUGGAUAUCGAUAAGUGUCCUUCGAUAGGUAAUACAGAGAACGUGAGGGUUGUACCGACAGUGAAGAUAUACAAGAACGGAACUCGAGUAAAGGAGAUUGUCUGUCCAAGCAAAGAAGUAUUGGAGUACUCAGUGAGGCACUAUAGCGGUUAAAACUCAAAAACCUCACUCUCUUUUAUAUUCACUUUUCUACAACACUCCUCAUUACCCUUUGAGAAACUUCUUAAUAAUCCCACUUAACUUCUCAUCACCAGGGAGAACCCAUUAGUGUAGAGUUUCAGCUCGUUAUGAUUUCUUCAUUCAUUCCCCUCUUCGUUGCCCUGUGACCUGUCUCUGUCUGUCUUCUUCUUCUCUUCUUCCAUACAUUUUUCUCUGCAGAUUGAGACUGCAUUGGCUCCUUUCUUCUUCUUGUAGCUUCACUUGUUUAGGUAUUAAGAGAUGUUACUGGUUGGAGAUUACUCUGUGUACAUAAGAGAAGUCUGGAUGUGAGUGAAGAAGGGGGGCUUACUAAAAAAGGGCAAAAGAGGAAGAUUUGGAUUCUUCAUUUUCAGUUCUUUUUCUUCUUCUUUCUUUGUUACUUUUUAGAGCUUAGUGAAACCAAGAAGAAAGUGAACCAUCUUGUCAUUUCAAUUCUCAUCUUUUUCACAUCAUUUUCAUCAAUAAAAUAUAUAAUUUUAUUCAUUUUCCACUUAAGUAUAUGCUUAAAUAUUUACUUUUAGA